AUGACCGCAAAUCAAAGUAGAAUUUUCGGCAAAGGAGUUAUUAUUGAUAUAGAAGAUGAAACCCAACCACAGAUGCAAGUAUGCUGUCUAUCAUUGGAGAAAUCUUUAUUAUCGAAGUAUCCAUUGGAUUAA